GCCGCCCCGGCUGCGGGGACGGGACGACUGUGGGCGCGGGCUCCGCGGGCCGGGAAUCGAGCCGGGCCAGAGCCCAAGCCGCGGCGGGAGGCAGGAGGGCUGUGAGCGGAGAUGGCGGCGGCUGCGGCGGGGGCGGCGGCGGAGGAAGGGAUGGAGCCGCGGGCGCUGCAGUAUGAGCAGACCCUGAUGUAUGGGCGUUAUACUCAGGACCUUGGGGCCUUUGCCAAAGAGGAAGCUGCUCGGAUCCGCCUGGGAGGGCCCGAACCCUGGCGGGGUCCACCUUCCCCUCGGGCUCCACCAGAACUCCUGGAAUAUGGACAGAGCCGUUGUGCCCGAUGCCGCAUCUGUACCGUACACUGCCAUAAGUUCCUAGUGUCCAGGGUUGGUGAAGACUGGAUCUUCCUAGUCCUGCUGGGGCUCCUCAUGGCCCUGGUCAGCUGGGCCAUGGACUACGCCAUCGCUGCCUGUCUGCAGGCUCAGCAGUGGAUGUCCAAGGGCUUGAACACUAACCCGUUACUCCAGUACCUGGCCUGGGUCACCUACCCCGUCGUCCUCAUCACUUUCUCUGCCGGAUUCACACAGAUCCUGGCUCCUCAGGCUGUUGGGUCUGGCAUCCCUGAGAUGAAGACAAUCUUGCGGGGAGUGGUGCUGAAGGAAUACCUCACCCUCAAGACCUUCGUAGCUAAGGUCAUCGGGCUGACUUGUGCCCUUGGCAGUGGGAUGCCCCUUGGCAAAGAGGGCCCUUUUGUGCAUAUCGCAAGCAUGUGUGCCGCCCUUCUCAGCAAGUUCCUCUCGCUGUUUGGGGGCAUCUACGAGAAUGAAUCCCGGAACACAGAGAUGCUGGCCGCCGCCUGUGCUGUGGGGGUGGGCUGCUGCUUUGCGGCUCCCAUUGGAGGUGUGCUAUUCAGCAUCGAGGUCACCUCCACCUUCUUUGCCGUGCGCAACUACUGGCGGGGCUUCUUUGCUGCCACCUUCAGUGCCUUCAUCUUCCGGGUCUUGGCCGUCUGGAACCGUGAUGAAGAGACCAUCACGGCUCUGUUCAAAACCCGGUUCCGGCUUGACUUCCCGUUCGAUCUCCAGGAGCUGCCAGCCUUUGCUGUUAUUGGUAUCGCCAGUGGUUUUGGGGGAGCACUCUUUGUCUACCUGAACCGGAAGAUUGUCCAGGUGAUGCGAAAGCAGAAGACCAUCAACCGUUUCCUCAUGAAGAAACGCCUGCUCUUCCCGGCUCUGGUGACUCUACUCAUCUCUACUCUGACCUUCCCCCCUGGCUUUGGACAGUUCAUGGCCGGAGAGCUGUCACAGAAAGAGACAUUGGUCACCCUGUUUGACAACCGGACGUGGGUCCGCCAGGGUCUGAUGGAGGAACUAGAGCCACCUGGAACCUCACAGGCCUGGAACCCGCCACGGGCCAACGUCUUCCUCACCCUGGUCAUCUUCAUUCUCAUGAAGUUCUGGAUGUCUGCACUGGCUACCACCAUCCCAGUGCCCUGUGGGGCCUUCAUGCCGGUGUUUGUCAUUGGAGCAGCAUUUGGGCGUCUGGUGGGCGAAAGCAUGGCUGCUUGGUUCCCUGACGGGAUUCACACAGACAGCAGCACUUACAGGAUUGUGCCUGGAGGCUAUGCAGUCGUAGGAGCAGCUGCGCUGGCAGGAGCAGUGACGCACACUGUGUCCACGGCCGUGAUCGUGUUCGAGCUCACAGGCCAGAUCGCCCACAUCCUGCCUGUUAUGAUCGCCGUCAUUCUGGCCAAUGCCGUUGCCCAGAGCCUACAGCCCUCACUCUAUGACAGCAUCAUCCGAAUCAAGAAGCUGCCCUACCUGCCUGAGCUGGGCUGGGGCCGCCACCAGCAGUACCGGGUGCGAGUGGAGGACAUCAUGGUGCGGGACGUUCCCCACGUGGCACUCAGCUGCACCUUCCGGGACCUGCGGCUGGCACUGCACAGGACCAAGGGCCGCAUGCUGGCCCUAGUAGAGUCCCCUGAGUCCAUGAUCCUCCUGGGGUCCAUCGAGCGUUCACAAGUGGUGGCAUUGCUGGGGGCACAGCUGAGCCCAGCCCGCCGGCGGCGGUACAUGCAAGAGCGUCGAGCUGCCCAGACCUCUUCACCCUCUGAUCAGGAGAGUCCCCCCAGCCCUGAGACCUCCGUCCGCUUCCAGGUGAACACAGAGGACCAGGGCUUCCCUGCAGCCCGGGGUGAGACUCACAAGCCCCUGAAACCCGCUCUCAAGAGGAGCCCCAGCAACACCGUGAAUGUCAAGGAGAGCCCCACAGGGAACAUGGAGCAGGCUGGCAUCGCCCUCAGAAGCCUCUUCUGUGGCAGUCCACCCCCCGAGCCCACCUCAGAGGCUCUAACAAAGUUGGAGAAGUCGGGGAAAUGUGACAAGCGCAAGCCGAAGCGGGUCCGAAUUUCCUUGGCGAGCGACUCAGACCUGGAAGGCGAGAUGACCCCUGAGGAGAUUCUGGAGUGGGAAGAGCAGCAACUAGAUGAACCUGUCAACUUCAGUGACUGCAAAAUUGACCCUGCACCCUUCCAGCUGGUGGAGCGGACCUCUUUGCACAAGACUCACACCAUCUUCUCACUGCUGGGAGUGGACCAUGCGUAUGUCACCAGUAUUGGCAGACUCAUUGGAAUUGUCACCCUGAAGGAGCUCCGGAAGGCUAUCGAGGGCUCUGUCACAGCACAGGGCGUGAAAGUCCGGCCGCCCCUCGCCAGCUUCCGUGACAGUGCCACCAGCAGCAGUGACACAGAGACCACCGAGGUGCAUGCACUCUGGGGGCCUCGCUCCCGCCACGGCCUCCCUCGGGAGGGCAGCCCUUCUGACAGCGACGACAAGUGCCAGUGAUCCCCUCAGGUGUGACCUGGGAUGGCAGUGGCCGUGACUAUCGGCCCAGAUCCUGCGGUCUCCUGUUCUUUCCACCAUGGGAACACAGGAGCUCCAGCCUUGCCUCCAGACCUGGGGUGCUAGCUUCUCCCAGCUCAUCCUACCUGAAAUCUGAGCCGGUUCCCACCUGCAGCAAGUGUUCCCAGAGCAGGAAGGUCAGCACUGGCCUGUCCAGAAGGGGGUGGGUUGGCUUGACCCCUGCUCCCCCUUUGAGAGGGACGGGGUAGAACUAAGAUGGGUUUAUACUGGAACCUCCAAUGACCAGAUGUAUAUAGAGAUUUACAAAGAUUUUUAUAUUAAUUUAAUAAAACAAAUUCUUAAAUAGAACAAAAUAAA